GGAGCAAGCAGUAGCGGACGACAGCUGGAAUAAAGAGAGCUAGUGGUAAAGGUUGCUGAUGGAGGGGUGGCGAAAGGGGUAGAGGGCAGGAGACGGCCCCUACACCGAGGGCUGCUCGGAGGUCCCGGCUGGCCCUUCGGAGGUCCGUUCUUGUUAGUCCCACAACCCCUGGCUACGCGAGGCUAGGGUUUAUUAGACGGAGUCAGUUGUGGCGUUCAGAGGGUCAGCAAUCAAUCCUGCGAAUCCAGAGUUUCAGACUUGUCGCCAAUAUUGGGACCCGGGGGAGGGGGGUAGAUUCCGUGUUUGAGAUGCCGAGGGAAUCUGUCUUUUGAUUCAGGGUUCAGCACUUAGAGGUAGCAGUUGCCGCCAUGCUCAAAGCUGUGAUCCUGAUUGGAGGCCCUCAAAAGGGGACCCGCUUCAGGCCUUUGUCUUUUGAGGUGCCCAAGCCCCUGUUUCCAGUGGCGGGGGUACCUAUGAUCCAGCACCACAUUGAGGCCUGUGCCCAGGUCCCUGGGAUGCAGGAGAUUCUGCUCAUUGGCUUCUACCAACCUGACGAGCCCCUUACCCGAUUUCUAGAGGCUGCCCAGCAGGAGUUUAACCUUCCCAUCAGGUACCUGCAAGAAUUUGUGCCCCUGGGCACAGGAGGUGGUCUCUACCAUUUCCGGGACCAGAUCCUGGCCGGGGGCCCUGAGGCCUUCUUUGUGCUCAACGCUGAUGUCUGCUCCGACUUCCCCUUGAGUGCUAUGUUGGAUGCCUACAGACACCAGCCUCACCCUUUCUUGCUCCUUGGCACCACGGCUAACAGGACACAGUCCCUCAACUACGGCUGCAUUGUAGAGAACCCACAGACACACGAGGUCCUGCACUAUGUGGAGAAACCUAGCACCUUUGUUAGUGACGUCAUCAACUGUGGCAUCUACCUCUUUUCCCCGGAAGCCCUGAAGCCCCUUCGGGAUGUCUUCCAGCGAAACCAGCAGGAUGGGCAACUGGAGGACUCUUCAGGCCUGUGGCCAGGGGCAGGCACCAUCCGCCUGGAGCAGGAUGUGUUCUCCGCCCUGGCUGGGCAGGGCCAGAUCUACGUCCACCUCACUGAUGGUAUCUGGAGCCAAAUCAAGUCUGCAGGCUCAGCCCUCUAUGCCUCCCGCCUCUACCUGGGCCAGUACCAGCUCACUCACCCAGAACGCCUGGCCAAGCACGCCCCCGGGGGUCCACGAAUCCGAGGAAAUGUUUACAUCCACCCCACGGCCAAGGUGGCCCCGUCGGCGGUGCUGGGCCCCAACGUCUCCAUUGGGGAGGGGGUGACCGUGGGCGAGGGUGUGCGGCUCCGCGAGAGCAUCGUCCUCCAUGGGGCCACACUGCAGGAGCACACAUGUGUUCUGCACACUAUUGUGGGCUGGGGGAGCACUGUGGGGCGCUGGGCCCGUGUGGAGGGUACCCCCAAUGACCCCAAUCCCAACGACCCCCGAGCGCACAUGGACAGUGAGAGCCUCUUCAAGGAUGGGAAGCUGCUACCUGCCAUCACCAUCCUAGGCUGCCGUGUCCGGAUCCCUGCUGAGGUGCUCAUCCUGAACUCGAUUGUUCUGCCACACAAGGAGUUGAGCCGCAGCUUCACCAACCAGAUCAUCCUCUGAGGGGGACUGCCAGAAGGCACAUCCCCCCCGAACUCCCAACUCCUGCCCGCUCCCCACGAGGCUCCUGCCUGCAUGGCCAGCCUCUGUCCAAAAGGACCAGAGGAAGCCAGGUGGGAUUUUCACGUGCCAGGAGCAACGUGGGUGGCCGGGGAACUCCUGGCCUCCCUCUUCACUCCUUAAUAAACCCCAGUGAACCUUGGA